UCGGGGCUCGGGCCAUGCGGAGAGGGGCGCGCAGGAGCCGGGCGGGCGGGGGUCUCCCCGACGGGCGCGGGGCGGCGGACCUGGCGGGUCUCUCGCGGCUCCCCCCGCAGCGCCCGAUCCAGCGCUUCCUGCGGCGCUGGGCUCUCCCGCUGGCGCUGGCGGCGGCGAUCUGCGCGCUGGGGCUCUGCUGCCUCCUCUGGAGGAGCUUCCAGCCGGGAGCCGCGCCGCGAGCGGAGCCGGGCAGCCAGCUGAUCCAUAAACCCCGAAGUCUCUCCAGCAGCCAGUUAAAACACCUGACCUCCCAGCUGGAUUUACAACGCCUUUGGAAGACUUACCUGCGGCCCAUGCUGGUGGAGAGGUAUUCAGGCAGCCCUGGCAACGUCAGGAUCCGGCAAUUCAUCGUGGAACGGCUAAAAGCACUGAAGGCUUCUUGGCAGGUGGAAUUAGAUGCUUUCGAGGACCAGACGCCACACGGCAUGGUUGGCUUUGCCAACGUGGUGGCCACGCUGGACCCCACGGCCACCUGGCGCCUGGUCUUCGCCUGUCACUACGACUCCAAAUACUUCCCCCGAGACAGGCACGGACGGGUUUUUGUGGGGGCCACUGAUUCGGCCGUGCCCUGCUCCAUCCUGCUGGAGCUGGUAACGGCGCUGGACAGCCGGCUUCUGAAGGCCAAAGAGCAGGCUUCGAAAAUAACCCUGCAGCUGCUCUUCUUUGAUGGGGAGGAAGCUUUCCGUGAGUGGAGUGAGACAGAUUCCCUCUAUGGGGCCCGUCACCUAGCUGAGCACAUGGGCAGGACUCCCCAUCAGCAGGGCAUCACUCACCUCCAGGCGAUAUCUCUCUUCGUUUUGCUGGAUCUGCUGGGCGCCCCUCAGCCAUCUUUUCAGAAUCACUUCCUUGCAACAUCCGGUUGGUUCGAGAGGCUUAUCAGCAUCGAAAAACGGCUGCACCACCUUGGACUGCUCCAAUCCCAUUCCCAGGAACAGCUGUAUUUCUAUAGGGAGCCAGUCUACGGCUCUGUUGAAGAUGACCACGCACCCUUCCUCAGGAAAGGCGUUCCAGUCCUCCACCUCAUUGCCACCCCGUUCCCCAGGGUCUGGCACACCCUGGAGGACACUGAAGCCAACCUGGACCGCCCCACCGUUGAGAACUUGAGUAAGAUCCUGGCUGCGUUCCUGGCGGAAUACCUGGGGCUUUAAGGCGGACGGAGGUUCAUCCAACCUUCGCAGGUCUCCUUGGUUCUACUAGACGUGGACGUGGCUAGGAUGAAAAUGAUGGAACUGGUUUUUCGGGAGGUGAUGGCCCUGGUCCAAGAUCCAGAGAGGAUUGCCAUGCUGAGGGAGAUGGGCCAGAUGGGUGGGCUUCUCCUUGGAGCUCUGGAAGUGGAUCUACCACGAAGGCUGUGUGGUGCUUGGCUGUCUCCCGCUGGUGGGAACUGCCCAGGCCAACAUGGUUGAGCGAGAAGAUCCAGGAUUAGCUUUCCUGCCACUGGGAUGGGCUGGGGUGUCUUAAAAGAGUGAAGAAAGAUUCAGGGAAGAGUGGGUUUAUUUCGCUCUUCGGAAGAGCAGUUGGGCACAGCCAAAAGUUGGCCUUCUGCUCGGUCCAGAUUGUCUCUUGAAACCAAGCACGGCUUGAAGUGGUCGGUGGAAAGGCCCAUUGCUUGAUCCCCUGGAGUGGGCAAGAGAUCUUAGAUCUCCUACCCUCCUUUCUUGUUCUUGUUCUGAGAAAAGCGGGACUUUUUAAAAAAAAUUGGGAUUUUUUUUUAAAAAAAUCUCACAGGAAAUCACUGUGUGGUGCACACUCCUUUCUUUCAAAAUUGAAAGAACCCUUGAAUUUGGCUAUUUAAACACAGAGGAGCCUGUGGGAAUAGAACAGGAUGCAGUUUCUGAGCAUUUCCUGUUGGAAAUACCUCGUGAGUAAAAAAGCUAGCACAUCAGGGACUUUUUGAUCUUAGC